AGCAAAGGGAUCAGGCGGUUAGAAAUGGAGAGCAAAGGGACUGGGAGGGUGAGCAAAAAUGUUGAAGAGACAUGCCAUGCCAGCAUGACAAAAUAGGGGUGACUUCAGUUCAAGAGAAGGUGUUGCGAGGCGAGCAAAGUCAAGCGGACUGUGCGGCGGAGAUCGUCUGGCUGUGGUCUUCCCUCGUCUGAUCAGCGUGCACGACGUUUCGCCUUGUAGACUGUAUCUGCAGAAGUGUGUGGCUAUCAACCCCGUUUCAGAGGAUAAAAGGUGGCUCAGUAUGAGUCGAGAUGGGUGGGCUAAGAAGAGAGCCAAUGCCAAUGAUGACAAUGGUUGGGCAAGUAGGGGCGGCUACAUGGCUGCCAAGAUCUCUAAGCUGGAUGAACAGUUUAAACUUGAUGCCCCCAGAGAAAAACAGAAGGAUGGGGCAUGCUCCAGCAUUUUCAGUGGAGUGUCCAUCUAUGUCAAUGGAUACACAGAGCCCAGUGCAGAUGAGCUACGCAGACUGAUGAUGCUGCAUGGAGGCCAGUUCCAUGUCUACUACUCACGCUCCAAGACCACACACAUCAUUGCCAAUAAUUUGCCUAACUGCAAAAUUCAGGAGCUGAAAGGGGAGAAAGUCGUCCGGCCGGAGUGGAUCACUGACAGCAUCAAGGCUGGCCAUAUCCUGCCCUACCUGCAGUAUCAACUGUAUGCUAAACAGAAAGGCCUAAGCUUCCCUGGUGUGAAUCUGCGCCAGGCCCAGGAAACCGCAGGACCGAGCCAUGGGCUGCUGCAGCCAAGCUUCCAUCAAAACCUCCAACCGCCACAGGGCAGCGUUCAACGCACCGUCCUCAACCAUGAGCAGUCCUUUUCCAGCCGCCAUAAUAACUCCAUCCCAAGCCGCAGCCACAAUCAACUCCACCCCGGCAACUUCCACCCUCAGUCUACCCAGCGCAGCCCUGCAGCUCGCUUCAUCAGCCCCCAACCAGGCCACUUAGCAUCCAUCCAUCCAGGCCCUCAACACAGGCACCUCAGCACAGAGCCCAGGCACUACAGCCCUGCACUCACACACCCUCUCCCUAAAUCAAGUCCCGUUGCCCAUCUGCACAAACAGCCACAGUCUAGCCUCAUGCCACCUCAUGCCAGUCUCCAGCACCGGAAACUGGGCCAACCACAACCUCAGACCAGCUUGUCCUGCAACCCCCUCCAGAGUAGCUGCAGGGAGCUGGAAGUAAAACUAAAUGGAUCAUUGCAGACCUCAUUGGACUUGAUUAGCCAUUCGAAAAGAAAUGGAGCUCAAGAGUGGGGCAGUGAAGAUCUGUGUCCUGUCAGAGCCCCUCAGGGGGUGAAGGAAGUACCCCUGACCAACGGACACACUCACUCUGUCAAUGGUGCCUUAAAGCCUGAAGACCUGUCCCCUAUUACUGAUCAAUCCCCUGUGGACAAGGACCUUCCCCAGUGCAGACUUAAGAGCCUAGAGAGUAAACCUGUGAGUCCCCCUGUAGAAAACCAGAUGAAACCUGACCCCUACGAUUUUCCCCACAGUCCUCCAAAGCAGCCAAACCAAUCCCCUGUCUCUCCACACCAACAAAGCCCACAAGCAGCCAAUGAACAGAGACCCAAACACUCACCACCCACUGACCAGAAGGCCACAGUAGCCACAGAGUCCCACCCACUCCCACCACAGCCCCAGCAGUCAUGUCAGUUUGAUUUUCUUCCUGAAAAGACUAAACCUUCCCCUGCGUUACACUCCCUUUCUCAUUCUCCUGUUCGACUGAACGGAAGUCACCACAAUGCCUUUUCACCUGACCCCGUCUCACCAAAACCGAACAACCUAUCAGCUAGCAACUGUCCACCUGAUUCUCCCGCUGACAAGAGCUCAACAUCGAAGUCUUCAGCACAGCUGCUGGCACAGACAGGUGGCUUGAUCUCUGAGUUCUACUCUCGCUCACGUUAUCACCAAAUCUCUACGUGGAGGAGUGGCUUUUCUGAGUAUGUCAACGAGCUGCACAGCAGACGGCGAACAGCGGGGGGUGCCACCUUUACUGGGAAGGAUCGACUGAGGAAGAGUUUGGCCCAGCGCUCCACGGACAGCCAAGGGUCGGCUACGUCAGCACCGAUGAGUGUCAAGUCCUGUAUUCUACAUGUGGACAUGGACUGUUUCUUUGUGUCUGUGGGGAUUAGACAUCGACCAGAGCUCAAAGGGAAGCCUGUAGCAGUGACUAGUAACCGUGGGCAAGGUCGAGUGGCCCCAAGACCCGGGGCCAACCCUCAGCUGGAGCAGCAGUACUAUGAGAGGAGACGUACCGGUGCUGCUCAGCCAGAGAGCAUGGAUUGGGAGCUAGAGACAACGCCUUCACCGGAGAGUCCUGUUUCACAUGCCAAUGGGGUCGACCAGGAUACUGCUGCACUCUCGAUGGCAGAGAUUGCUUCCUGCAGUUAUGAGGCUAGGCAAGCGGGGGUGAGGAAUGGGAUGUUCUUUGGCAAGGCAAAACAGCUGUGUCCCUCCCUGCAGUCUGUCCCAUAUGAUUUUGAGGCCUACAAAGACGUGGCUCUCACCAUGUAUGAGAUACUUGCCAGUUAUACCCAUGACAUUGAGGCUCUGAGUUGUGAUGAAGUGUUGAUAGAUGGCUCGGCUCUGCUGUCAGAGUUGGGCAUCGGUCCGGACGACCUAGCCAAAGCCAUCAGAGCAGAGAUCAAGGAGAAAACAGGAUGCUCUGCUUCAGUAGGCAUGGGGUCCAACAUCCUUUUGGCCCGGCUGGCGACCCGAAAAGCCAAGCCAGAUGGGCAGUACUUCCUGAGGUCAGAGGAAGUGGAUGAUUUUAUCAGGGACCUGUCAGUGACCAGCUUACCAGGUGUAGGGCCCGUUAUGGGCAGCAAGCUGGCUACUAUGGGUGUGAGGACAUGUGGCGACCUCCAGCAGGUGUCUCUGUCCCAGCUGCAGAAGGCAUUUGGACCACGCACUGGGCAGACACUCUUCCGCUUCUGCAGGGGCCUUGAUGACCGGCUGGUCCGCUACGAGAAGGAGAGGAAGUCUGUCUCAGCCGAGAUGAACUAUAACAUUCGCUUCACUGGGGUUGAUGAGGCCGAGUGUUUCCUGACCAACCUUUCCAUGGAGGUGCAGAAGCGUCUCAAGGAGUCAGGGCUACGGGGUCGAAGAGUCACCCUGAAGGUCAUGGUUCGCAAGGCGGGUGCGCCUGUGGAGCCGGCUAAGUACGGUGGCCACGGCAUAUGUAACAACCUAGCCAGGACUGCAAUGCUGGCUCAGUCCACUGACAGUGGCCAGCUGAUUGCCUCUGCAGUCAUCAAGCUGUUCCAUGCCAUGAAGCUGCAGGUUCAGGACCUGAGGGGAGUGGGCAUCCAGGUGCAGCUUCUGGAGGGAAAUCACUCUGUCGCUCAGGACUCCACAGGCUCACGGUCACGCUCCAUCAAAGACAUGCUGCUAGGCCAGGGACUCACCGCCCAAUCCAACAGCAAAGUAGAAUCCAACACCACCGUUACAGCUGCUGACACAGCCCCAGGUAAAGAAACGACUUCCUCUACCACAGCCUCGUUCUCAGGCCCAUCUUCCCAUCAUCUGUCCCCCGCUGAGCCAGUCCCAGGGACGAGCAAGGAACAACAGCCAGCCCCCCAACAAACUCCAAAACAUGCUCGAGCACGCCUCAACUUCAGUAUUGAAGUCCCCUCUCCUUCACAGGUGGACCGGUCUGUAUUGGAAGCCUUGCCUGCAGAGCUGAGAGAGCAAGUGGAGCAGUCAUGGACUCAUCGAGAAGGGAGAACCGCGAACCCAGUGCGUCGUUCGCCCAGUCCUCAGCCCCCACAGCCACCUCCGCAGCCCCCUCCACUGCAGUCUCGUCCAGCCUCCCCUCCUCCUCCCCCUCCUGCCUCUGGUCCUCUCUUGUUUGCUCAGCCUCUGGGCACCCUGGUACUACAGAUUCCAAACCAGCCAGGCCAGACUGGUCCAACAGGCAUCGUACUGGAACUGCCUCACUUCUCACAGGUUGACCCGGAUGUGUUUGCUGCUCUUCCCAAAGAGCUCCAGGAAGAACUACGGUCAGCCUACAGCCGCAUAGAGAACGUCCAGCCCCAGGGGAAAAUAUUGGAGCAAAAGAAUCCACUCCUGCAGCUGAAACAGUCAGGAGUCGGAGUUGGCAUCGGUCGUGUGAAACGACGCUACAAGAGGAAGAAUGCAGGGAGCCCCGUAAAGAAAGGACCUUCCCCUGUCAAGAGGCAUAACCCAGGAAACAGCCCAGCCAAAACCCUACCAUCCUCUGUACGACCGAGGGAGAUGAUCAACGGCUUGAAGACUGAAAAUGGCCCCUCCACAUCAUCCUCGAAACAGGACAUCCCAGAGUCUCUGUCUAAAUUCAUUCCACGCCCUGCUCCGGCUCUGGCUGGAGCCUGCGACCUGACGGACAUCCGAACACUCCUGCGGGAAUGGGUCACCACCAUAUCAGAACCCAUGGAGGAGGACAUCCUGCAGGUGGUGAAAUACUGCACUGAUCUGAUUGAAGAUAAAGACCUAGAGAAGUUGGAUUUGAUCAUAAAAUAUAUGAAAAGGCUCAUGCAACAGUCAGUGGAGUCUGUAUGGAGCAUGGCUUUUGACUUCAUCGUCGACAACGUGCAGGUGGUUGUGCAGCAAGCUUACGGUAGCACUCUGAAGAUAACAUAAGCGAGGAGGGGUCCCAUUUUCACUUUCUUUUUCCAUCACAUCCACACUUUUUCCUCUGCCACUGUCACCAGGUCACCUGCCAAUGAUGUUACGACAUUCAAAUUACAUUUCUGGCAUGUCGGUUUUAAGUGUUUUCCGGCAGACGGGCACUACAGCCAAACUCAUGCUCAAACGUGGCACCACAGAGCUUCUGCCACAAAGUUCACAGCUGCUUCCCGAGAUUGAGACAUGAAGGACCAUGCAACUGUUGAGUCUAAAAAUCACAGUAUGAGACAGGGUUAUAGGAGCAUUUCAGAGAUAUGAGUAUUGAUAUUAGUCAUUUUGUCGUUCACCGAACUUUCCCUCCAGGGGACAAGUAACACAAACUGGGAAGGGCUGGAAACUUUCCUCUUUUUAUGUCCCACUCAUCAAAGCCCAGAACAACUAGAAUCAUUUUAACAAUACUGCAAAAAGGUAAUUAUUUAAAUCGAGAUAUUACAAAUAAUUAUGCAGACUAUUUUUUUAACUUAUGUGUAAUUUUACAUACACACCCUUGCCAGUUCUGAAGCACUUCUAAUCAGCACUGCUCAGGCUUUAUCAGCCUGAAUAUCUCCCUUCGCCUGGUUUGCAUUAUUGAGAUUGCAAGUGAUUUCUCAUUUGUGCACCCAGGAUUGAAUCAUCUGUCAAACAAGCAAAUCUAGAAAUUGAUUUUUUUUUUUGUUUUCCAGUUAAGUGGGACUAAGAAGGUUUAUAUUUCUGAUUUUUUUUCCAUCAGUGUUUCUGUCUCUUCAUACUACUUGUAUCAGCCUGUGAAGUAUUUACCACUGCCAUGUCACCAAAAAUCAGAUGAAAUUUAUCCUGCUGCAUUGUUUUUUCCCUGUAUCUUCUGCAAAAAAAGUGCCAAACUUUGUUGUUAUAGCAUGUAAAUAAUGUUUUCAAAGAUCCUUGUUAAGAAGUUUUAAAAGAAAAGUGUAUGUCGAGGGUUUACCUCUUGUAUUGUUUACAAGUAGUGUAUUCUUAGUAACUGUCUUUAAAUCGAAAUCUUUUCACUCUUUAAUCAUUUAUAAGUGUUCAGACAUGAAAAUUAGAAGCUGGCCAAAGCACUUAUCAUGUAACCAGGUGGUUAUCUGUUUCUCAGUAGCACUCUGAUUUGAGAAGUGGUUGCGAGGGGUUAUGGCAAUCAAUGAAUAGCCUAUGCAUUUCAUUUUUCACUAACUAAGUGGGAUGCCCCCUCAUAUGACAUGUAACAUUUCAUACAACCUUUGUGUCUGGAAUGGAUCUCAGUAGUCUAGUGUCUUUCCAGCCUUGUUACCUGUCUAUAAAUCCAAUACAGAGAUAGGGCUGGGUAAACAUAGGGACAUAAUAUCUGAUUUUUUAACUGUGUGACUCAUAUUCUGUCCUUGUGUAAAUGAAGCCCAGUUAGACAGCAGAAUGGCUUACAGCUCCAUUGUCUUUCCUAUAAAGUUAACUUUCAUGAGGAGGCACCCAGCAAAGCAACGGGCUGGCUCUCCUCAUGACCUCAUCAUACAAGACAUAUGUGGGUGAAAAGGUUGUUGAAAAAUUAUAUUCAUGUAUGGAAACCAGAUCAAUCAGUGUAUUGCAUUUUUUUUCCAAUCCUGGUGAAACGAAUGUAAUUGAAACCACAUAUGUCUCCAUUCACUUUAAGGAACUUGCUUCUCUUCACCUGCCAUAUCUUUUCUAAAGGGAAUGGCCGGGAGCUAUAAUUGGUCAGUAUGUCUUCUCAACAAAGAAAAAAAAAAAAAAAAAAAAAAACUGGCC